CGGCGCUGCCGUUACGGCUUCAGCGCUGCUGGGGUCCUGUGUCGGUCCGGGCGGCCCGCGCCGCUGCGAGCUGUGUGCGGAUUAAAGGAGAAGCGUUCAGGGUUGGAGGAAAGGUGGUCAUGUCCCAGGAGGACAGCCACGAGUGGGAGCUGAGCAAGGAGAAUGUGCAGCCCCUCCGGCAGGGACGGGUGAUGUCCAGCUUGCAAGAGGCACUGUCUCAGCAGGACUCUUCCAGCCACACUGCUCUGCAGCUUAAAAAACAGGAGUUUGAAGCAGAAAUACGAUUUUACUCUGGAGAUGAUCCUCUGGAUGUGUGGGAACGGUACAUCAAGUGGAUAGAGCAGGCCUUCCCUGGGGGUGGCAAGGAUGGCAACCUGGCUGCACUUCUGGAAAGGGCAGUGCAAGCCCUGCACGGGCAGCAGCGAUACUACAGAGAUCCUCGCUAUCUGAAUCUCUGGCUCAAGUUUGGCGACUGCUGCAACGAGCCCUUGGAUCUGUACAGUUACCUGUGGAGCCAGGAGAUCGGCACCGCGCUGGCCGCGCUCUACAUCACCUGGGCAGAGGCACUCGAGGCCAGGGGCAGCUUCAGGAAAGCUGAUCUGAUAUUCCAGCAAGGACUCCAGCGCAAGGCUGAGCCUUUGGACAAACUCCAGGCUCAUCACAAGCAGUUUCAGGCCCGUGUUUCUCGGCAGACAUUACUGGCACUUGAGGAUACUCCUGAUGGAGACAAUAUGGGAUUGCUGGAAGUUGCAGAGCCUCAGAGAAUUUCUUUGGCAGAACUCAAAUGCAGAGGGAGGAGAGUCCCCAUCAGUCGUGUUGGAGAUGCAAUUAAAGUCAUGAAGCCAAACAGAAGCUCCCAGCCUCAGGGCUCUCGACAGCUUCCAAGAGCUCGAAGUUGUUCUGUAUUUGAGGACAAUUCUGUGUCUGGACCUGAGAUGCCCACACUUGCAGCAGAGUCUUGCCCAAUACCUCCACUUCACAGGGGCAAGGAGAAUGAACGCAGCGCAGGACCGUGGAACACUGGCAGG